AUGUGUCGUCGCUGCUGCGAGUUUUUGUGUGCAAUUCUCUUUCCACCGAUUGCCGUUAUGUGUCACUCUGGAUGUUCAUCGGACCUGUGCAUUAAUGUGCUCCUUACUGCUUGCGGUAUUAUUCCUGGGAUGAUCCAUGCAAUGUGCUUGGUUUGCUCGGAAGAUAUCCGAACCGUACACGUCACACAUGUGAAUGUGACCGCUCCGCCAUAUCAACUUGUAGCGUCUACUAACCACGUGGUGCCGCCACCACCAUCUUACGAUUAUUAG